CCACCACCCGGACGAGCUCGCACGACGUACCGGAGACCGGGGAUCGGGGAGAGCUCGGGCGCCGGGCGACCAUGGCGCGGAAGUUCGACGACCGGGAGGAGGACGAGGACGCGGCGGAGUCGGUGGAGCGGGUGUUCGAGGGGCGGGAGGUGCCCGGGUGGCGGGAGCAGGUGACGGCGCGGGCGCUGGUGGUGAGCGCGCUGCUGGGCUUCAUGUUCAGCGUCAUCGUCAUGAAGCUCAACCUCACCACGGGGAUCAUCCCCUCCCUCAACGUCUCCGCGGGGCUGCUCGGCUUCUUCCUCCUCACCUCAUGGACCACGCUGCUAGACAAGGCCGGCGUCCCCGGCGUCAGGCCAUUCACCCGCCAGGAGAACACCGUCGUCCAGACCUGCGUCGUCGCAUGCUCCGGCAUCGCGUUCAGCGGCGGAUUUGGGAGCUACAUAUUAGCAAUGAGCGAGAAGAUAAGCGAGCAAUCCGGCGAGGUGAGGGACGAAGACAGCAUCAAGAACCCUAGCCUGGGAUGGAUGAUUGGCUUCCUCUUCAUCAUCAGCUUCCUCGGCCUCUUCUCCGUCGUGCCUCUCAGGAAGGCAUGUCUUGUCACCCUACGCAAUCAAUAUUCCGAUUAAUUAUUUUUUCAGAUAAUGAUCGUGGAUUACAAGCUUAGCUACCCUAGCGGCACGGCGACAGCGCACCUCAUCAACAGCUUCCACACUCCUCAGGGUGCGAAGCUCGCCAAGAGGCAGGUGAAGACGCUAGGGAAGUUCUUCGCAGGGAGCUUCACCUGGGGCUUCUUCCAGUGGUUCUAUUCCGCCGGCGAGGGCUGCGGGUUCAAGGCGUUCCCCACCUUGGGCCUCGAGGCCUACAAGCAAAAGUUCUUCUUCGACUUCUCGGCGACGUACGUUGGCGUCGGGAUGAUCUGUCCUUACCUCGUCAACAUCUCUGUGCUCGUGGGAGGCGUCAUCUCGUGGGGGAUCAUGUGGCCGUAUAUCGAGCACAAGAAGGGCGACUGGUACCCUGCCAACCUCAAACCCAGCAGCCUCCGCGGCAUGGUCGGCUACCGGGUGUUCAUCUCCAUCGCACUCAUCCUCGGCGACGGCCUGUACAACUUCCUGAAGGUGAUGACGCGCACCAUGACCGCGUUGGUGGCGCAGUUGCGGGGCCCGACGCUGCCGAUCAGCGGCGGCGCCGACGACGACCUGACGCCGGUGGAGACGUUCGACGACCGGCGGCGCACGGAGGUGUUCCUGAAAGACCAGAUCCCCAACACGCUGGCGUUCGGCGCGUACGCGACGAUCGCGCUCAUCUCCAUCAUCACGGCGCCGCGCAUCUUCCACCAGCUGCGGUGGUACCACGUGGCGUGCUCCUACGUGAUCGCGCCGGUGCUGGCCUUCUGCAACGCGUACGGCUGCGGGCUGACGGACUGGUCGCUGGCCACCACGUACGGGAAGCUGGCCAUCUUCAUGAUCGGUGCGUGGGCCGGCUCGUCCAACGGCGGCAUCAUCGCCGGGCUGGCCGCGUGCGGGGUGAUGAUCGGCAUCGUGUCCACGGCGUCGGACCUGACGCAAGACUUCAAGACGGGGUACAUGACGCUGGCGUCGCCGCGGUCCAUGUUCGUGAGCCAGGUGAUCGGCACGGCCAUGGGGUGCGUGAUCGCGCCGUCCGUGUUCUGGCUCUUCUACAAGGCGUUCGGCGACAUCGGCACGCCGGGGUCCGACUACCCGUCGCCCAACGCGCUGGUGUACCGCAACAUGGCCAUCCUGGGCGUGCAGGGCAUCGGCUCCCUCCCGAAGCACUGCCUGGAGCUCUGCAUCGGCUUCUUCGUGUCCUCCAUCGUCCUCAACCUCGCCAGGGACAUCUCGCCGCCCAGCGUGGCGCAGUUCAUCCCGCUGCCGAUGGCCAUGGCCAUCCCGUUCUACCUCGGCCCUUACUUCGGCAUCGACAUGUGCAUCGGGAGCCUGGUGCGCUUCGUGUGGGACCGCGUCGACGGCCCCAGGGCCAAGGCGUUCGCGCCGCCCGUCGCCUCCGGGCUCAUCUGCGGCGACGGCAUCUGGACGCUGCCGCAGUCGGUCCUCGCCCUGGCCGGGAUCAAGCCGCCCAUCUGCAUGAAGUUCCUGGCGCGCCGCACCAACGUCAAAGUCGACGCGUUCAUCCGCUCGCUCCCAACCUAGCCUAGCUUCCCUAGCUAACCGACGAGCUGGUUAGCAAGCUAGCUAACUAGCUGACACACGCACAUAAAUAUGUUGUAGUGACAGAUACAUUAAUGUACUGACUAGAGUGUAGGCUCGUGCCUUGCUACAUUUAGCUGAAUCGAUCAGAUGGUUGGACUGCA